AUGGCAGGUGGUUUCCUCCCGUACCACGAGCCCGGUAUUGUUGAAAUCCUGAUUAUCAUUUCAUUCUUUUUUUUCCUCUCCUUGGCGGAAUGGGUCUCCGCCAAAGUUCUCCGCGCUGGGAUCAUUGGACAGAUUGCAGUUGGCAUCAUUUACGGUGUACCGCUGGCAAAUAUCCUUGAAUGGAACUGGCAACAGACUUUCCUUGCGCUGGGAUAUGUUGGCUUGAUCCUGAUUAUAUUUGAAGGUGGUCUUGGCGCCCGACUCGAUCUUCUGAAGGAAAAUUUGGUGGUGAGCACGAUUGGCGCUGCCACGGGGGUGUGUUUUCCUAUCGGGCUUUCUUAUCUGCUACUAUACUUAGGAUAUGGAUAUGGCGCGGUCGAGACGUUCAUCAUUGGGGCGGCACUUUCCGCCACCUCUUUGGGCACCACGUUCGCGGUAAUCUCAUCAGCAUCCAAGACAGUCGAUCUCGCUCAGACCCGCGUGGGCUCAGUCCUCGUAAGCGCAGCCGUCAUUGACGAUGUAGUUGGUCUCGUGCUUUCCAGCAUCAUCUCCGACCUGGGAAAACUCUCCAACAGUGACGCCAACCUCGGCUGGAUCAUAGGUCGUCCCAUCGUAGCGUCGGUGGCAAUGGCCAUUCUGACCCCCCUCGUGACGAAAUUUCUCUUUGCGCCGAUAUUCCGAAAAUACAUCGAGUUCCACUUCGCACGCUACGACCACAUCUCGAACAUCAUAUUGAUGACGCUUGUGCUUUGCGCAUUCAUCUCCAUCGCUGCGUACACGGGCACAUCGGUCCUCUUUGGCGCCUUCCUCGCCGGAACCUUUCUCUCCUACCUGCCGAGCAAGCGUCCCGAUGGCCCGUUCGUAGUCAUGAGUCGCGAAGAAGGCGAGCAAAAUGAGGAUAAAAGCCCGACCUUCGUUCAUACCUUCGAGGCCUAUCUUCUCGGGGUGCAGACGUAUCUGAUGGAGCCUCUGUUCUUUGCCAGUAUCGGGUUCGCCAUUCCGUUUGUGGAGCUGUGGACGGGGAAGCGCAUUUGGAGGGGGAUUUUGUACACGCUUCUAAUGGUUGUCGCAAAGUUUGUCGUGGGAAUAUGGAUCCCUAUAUGGAAAUACCUGCCAGGGACUAAAUCAAAAGCCGGGAAGGCAGAUAAGGAGUCUUCCCAAGCUCCGGACGUACCUGUUGAGACUCCCAAGGACAAUGCGACAAUGUUAUCAGCCUUGUUACUUGGUUCUGCGAUGGUGGCACGUGGCGAGAUUGGUCUCUUGAUUAUUGAGAUUGGGUACAACUCCACGGAGUACGUGAGUGAGGAGGGGUUCAUUACCGGUGUCUGGGCGAUCUUGUUGAACACGAUUAUCGGUCCGGUUACGGUCGGGCUGUUGGUUAGAUUUUAUGGGAAACGAAUUGGGGAAGGUGAAUGGGGGUUGCAGAAGGACACGCGUCCAUCGCAGGAGAAGGGGAGUGCGCAAAAUGCUGUAUGA